AUGCCCCGGCCGGAGCUGCCCCUGCCGGAGGGCUGGGAGGAGGCGCGCGACUUCGACGGCAAGGUCUACUACAUAGACCACACGAGCCGCACCACCAGCUGGAUCGACCCGCGGGACAGGUAUACCAAACCGCUCACCUUUGCCGACUGCAUUAGUGACGAACUGCCACUGGGAUGGGAAGAGGCGUACGACCCACAGGUCGGAGAUUACUUCAUAGACCACAACACCAAAACCACUCAGAUUGAGGAUCCCCGGGUACAAUGGCGGCGGGAGCAGGAGCACAUGCUGAAAGAUUACCUGGUGGUGGCCCAGGAGGCCCUGAGUGCGCAAAAGGAGAUCUACCAAGUGAAGCAGCAGCGCUUGGAGCUUGCACAGCAGGAGUAUCAGCAGCUGCACGCCGUCUGGGAGCACAAGCUUGGCUCCCAGGUCAGCUUGGUCUCUGGUUCGUCAUCCAGCUCUAAGUAUGACCCUGAGAUUCUGAAGGCUGAAAUUGCCACAGCAAAAUCCCGGGUUAACAAGCUGAAGAGAGAGAUGGUUCACCUCCAACAGGAGCUACAGUUCAAAGAGCGUGGCUUUCAGACACUGAAGAAAAUCGAUAAGAAGAUGUCAGAUGCUCAGGGCAGCUACAAACUGGAUGAAGCUCAGGCUGUUCUGAGAGAAACAAAAGCCAUCAAAAAGGCCAUCACCUGUGGAGAAAAGGAAAAGCAAGAUCUCAUUAAGAGCCUCGCCAUGCUGAAGGACGGCUUCCGCACCGACAGAGGCUCCCACUCCGACCUGUGGUCCAGCAACAGCUCCCUGGAGAGUUCGGGUUUCCCACUGCCGAAACAGUACCUGGACGUGAGCUCCCAGACGGACAUCUCAGGAGGCUUCGGUACCAGCAGCAACAAUCAGCUGGCGGAGAAGGUCAGAUUGCGCCUUCGAUACGAAGAGGCCAAGAGAAGGAUCGCCAACCUGAAGAUCCAGCUCGCCAAGCUCGACAGCGAGGCCUGGCCUGGAGUACUCGACUCCGAGAGGGACCGACUGAUCCUCAUCAACGAGAAGGAGGAGCUGCUGAAGGAGAUGCGCUUCAUCAGCCCCCGGAAGUGGACCCAAGGGGAGGUGGAGCAGCUGGAGAUGGCUCGCAAGCGGCUGGAGAAGGACCUGCAGGCAGCCCGGGACACCCAGAGCAAGGCGCUGACCGAGAGGUUGAAGUUAAACAGUAAGAGGAACCAGCUGGUGAGGGAGCUGGAGGAAGCCACCCGGCAGGUCGCGGCCCUGCACUCCCAGCUGAAGAGCCUCUCCGGCAGCAUGCAGAGCCUGUCCUCCGGCAGCAGUCCGGGGUCCCUCACAUCCAGCCGGGGCUCCCUGGCGGCCUCCAGCCUGGACUCCUCCGCCUCGGCCAGCUUCACCGACCUCUACUAUGACCCCUUCGAGCAACUGGACUCGGAGCUGCAGAACAAGGUGGAAUUCCUGCUCCUGGAGGGGGCCACGGGCUUCCGGCCCUCCGGCUGCAUCACCACCAUCCACGAGGAUGAAGUGGCCAAGACCCAGAGGGCGGAGGGGGGCAGCCGCCUGCAGGCCCUGCGCUCCCUGUCGGGCACUCCCAAGUCCAUGACCUCGCUGUCCCCCCGCUCCUCACUCUCCUCCCCGUCCCCACCCUGCUCGCCUCUCAUCGCUGACCCCCUCCUGGCUGGGGACGCCUUCCUAAGCAACCUGGAGUUUGAAGACCCCGAGCUGAGUGCCGCUCUCUGCGAGCUGAGCCUUGCCGGCAGCACACGGCAGAGAUACCAGCUGGAGGAACCUGGCCUGGAGGGCAAGCCACUGGGCCAAGCUGUGAAUACGGCUCAGGGGUGCUGCCUGAAAGUGGCCUGUGUCUCUGCUGCCGUGUCAGAUGAAUCCGUGGCUGGGGACAGUGGUGUGUAUGAGGCUUCCGUGCAGAGGCUGGGUGUCUCAGAAGCCGCUGCUUUCGACAGUGAUGAAUCAGAAGCAGUGGGUGCCACCCGGGUUCAGGUUGCCCUGAAGUAUGAUGAGAAGAAUAAGCAGUUUGCAAUAUUUAUCAUCCAGCUGAGCAACCUUUCUGCUUUGUUGCUGCAGCAAGACCAGAAAGUGAACAUCCGAGCGGCUAUCCUUCCGUGCUCCGAGAGCACCACCUGCCUGUUCCGGACCCGGCCCCUGGAUGCCGCGGACACCCUGGUGUUCAACGAGGUGUUCUGGGUGUCCAUGUCCUACCCAGCCCUUCACCAAAAGACCUUAAGAGUCGACGUCUGUACCACUGACAGGUGCCAUCUGGAGGAGUGCCUGGGAGGCGCCCAGAUCAGCCUGGCUGAGGUCUGCCGGUCCGGCGAGAGGUCGACUCGCUGGUACAACCUCCUAAGCUACAAAUACUUGAAGAAAGAGAACCGGGAGCCCAGGCCAGCGGGAGCCACGGCCCCCAUCCCCGGGCCUGAGAGCACGGAUGCCGUGUCUGCUCUGCUGGAACAGACAGCCGUGGAGCUGGAGAAGAGGCAGGAGGAGAGGAGCAGCACACAGACCCUGGAAGACAGCUGGACGUAUGAGGAGGGGACCAGCGAGAACGAGGCCGCAGCCGAGGAGGAGGAGGGGGAAGAGGAAGCCUCCCCUGACGUGGACGGGUGCCCAGCAUUAAAGGUGGACAAGGAGACCAACACAGAGACCCCGGCCCCAUCUCCCACGGUGGUGCGGCCCAAGGACCGGCGGGUGGGCACGCCCUCCCCAGGGCCGUUUCUUCGAGGGAGCACCAUCAUCCGCUCCAAGACCUUCUCCCCAGGCCCCCAGAGCCAGUACGUGUGCCGGCUGAACCGAAGUGAUAGCGACAGCUCCACCCUGUCCAAGAAGCCACCUUUUGUUCGAAAUUCCUUGGAGCGGCGCAGUGUCCGGAUGAAGCGGCCCUCGUCUGUCAAAUCCCUGCGCGCUGAGCGCCUGCCGCGCACCUCGCUGGACCUCGAGCUGGACCUGCAGGCCACCAGGACCUGGCACAGCCAGCUGACUCAGGAGAUCUCGGCGCUGAAGGAGCUCAAGGAGCAGCUCGAACAAGCCAGGAGCCACGGGGAGAAGGAGCUGCCGCAGUGGGUGCGGGAGGACGAGCGCUUCCGCCUGCUGCUGAGGAUGCUGGAGAGGCGGAUGGACCGAGCAGAGCAGAGGGGAGAGCUUCAGACAGACAAGAUGAUGAGGUCGGCCGCCAAGGACGUGCACAGGCUUCGAGGCCAGAGCUGUAAGGAGCCCCCGGAGGUGCAGUCUUUCAGGGAGAAGAUGGCAUUUUUCACGCGGCCUCGAAUGAAUAUCCCGACCCUCUCUGCAGAUGAUGUCUAA